AAAUGUCAAUGUCAAUUCUACCAAUUGUUUUGUUUGGGCAUUUAUUUCUUGUGCGGUGGAUUAAUCGUUGAUUUAAUACAUUUAGUUUAUUUGUGUUAUCUGUUUUAAAAGAAGGGAUUAUAAUUAUUAUUUUUCUCUAGCAGUAAUCUUCAAAAAAAUCUGAUUCAUUCUUCAAAGAUGGUUGGGUUAGACGCAGAUCUGAACAAGGAUGACGAAUGUGAUAAUAUUGGCUUAGGAUGUGCAUUAGAGCACUUCUCUGAGGUUGAAGAUGUGAUGAACAUGAUAGAUAAUUUGAAAAAUAUAUAUGAGACGCCACAAUUGGAAGUAGACUAUGAUAGAUUAUAUAGUAUUUUGAAGCAAUAUUAUGAGCAACCUCACCUACUUGAUCCACACUUGGAUAAGAUAUUAGCCAAGUUUAUUGCAUUGAUUAAGGAUAAAGAAUCCCCUAGUGGAUUAAAACAUGCUACCUUCAACUAUAUGUAUCAAAUUAUAAGAGUUCGUGGAUAUAAAGUGGUUGUAAGGCACUUGCCUCAUGAGGUAUCGGAUCUUUUAACUGUUCUAACAUUCCUAGAAGCGCAAGACCCAAUGGACAAAGAAACAUGGCGCAGUAGACUCGUUUUACUCCUUUGGCUCUCUAUUGGUGUUAUUAUUCCAUUUCACAUGAGCAGAUUGGAUGGAUUUGCACCAGACCAACCAGGAGCAGCUGGUUCUUCUAAAAAGUUAACUGUAAUGGAAAGGAUUUUCAAUAUGUGCAAAAUAUAUGCUUGUAGUAAGGAUUCCUGUGCUGAAGCUAGUGCAUAUUUAGCCUCUAAGUUUCUUACCAGGUCUGAUGUUAAAGAAAUUUAUUUAGGUGCUUUCUUCGACUGGGCUUGUGAUUUACAUUCCAAUUUGAAAGAUCAAGACACAAUACAUUAUGGUGUGCUAGCAGCUGUGGCUGCAGUACUUAAACAUGGGAAAAGAGAUGAUUUACUUCCAUACACACCUAAGUUACUGCAGUGGGUUAAUGAACAAAACUAUAAACAUCACAAUGCCAUGCUCGUUAGGAAGUAUGGAGUUAAAAUUGUGCAAAGAAUUGGAUUAACAUUCCUGCGGCCUCGUGUAGCAUCGUUUCGGUACACGCAGGGCUCGAGGUCUCUCGCAGUGACUCUGGGCGGGGUCGCGGCAGCCGGGGACACCGAGCCCGUUGCCGCGCCUCCUGAUGACGAGGACCAGGAUAUACCACAGGAGGUAGAAGAAGUAGUGGAACUACUCCUGUGUUCUCUACGUGAUGAGGACACAGUUGUACGGUGGUCGGCAGCGAAGGGUGUAGGCAGGAUAGGUGCGCGGCUGCCGGCGCUCGCCGCCGCCGACGUCUGUGAGAUCGUGCUUACAUUGUUCGCUGAGAAUGAACGAGACACCGCAUGGCAUGGAGGAUGUAUGGCUCUUGCGGAAUUGGCUCGGCGCGGUCUGCUGUCCCCGCAGCAAGCACGUUACAUGUACGAGUGUUAUAGUAGAUAUGUGUAUCUUUUUUUUAAGUAUGGCGAUAAUGUUCCAGAUGAUUGGUUGGAGCUGAUAGAAGAGUGUUUGGGCCACGAGGUGCAGGUGAUCCGCGAGAAGGCGAUCCAGGCUCUGCCGCUGGUGUUCGAGCAGUACUUGUCUGACGAGGACUCGCGGCCGCGGCGCGCCGGCCUCAUGCAGAAGUACUGCAGCCAGCUCGCCUCCACCAGCGCCAACGGACUGCUGCUCAGGAUGGGAUAUGCUAGAGCUAUAGGUGCUUUACCGAAGUUCGUGCUGAGUGAACAUCUGCCGCUGGUGAUCCGUUCACUGAUCGAGUGCACUCGCGUGACGGAGGGCACGCAGAAGUGGGCGGAGUCGCGGCGCGACGCGGUGGUCGGCCUGACGGAGGUGUGUCACACGCUGGGCAUCGUUGACGGCGUCGACAAGUACGUGGAGGAGAUCUCUGACGCGCUGCUCGCCUGCCUGGCAGAGUACACCAUUGACAUGCGGGGAGACAUCGGCGCCUGGGUGAGAGAAGCUAGUAUGACUGGUCUGCUGGCGCUGUGCCGGCUGUGCGCGGCGCAGGCGCCGCAGCUGAACAGCGCGCGCGGCGUGGGCGCGGCGGUGCGCGGCGCGGCGCAGCAGGCCGUGGAGAAGAUCGACCGCACGCGCGCGCACGCCGGCAGGAUAUUCACCGCAUUUAUAUACAAUGAUCCGAUCAUCAACAACAUCCCUCACCACGAGGCGUUGAAGCGGAUCUUCCCGUACGACGAGGUGGAGCUGCGCGGGAGCGGAGGCGGGUGUAGCGGGGAGGGUGUGGGGGAGGGGGGGGAGCCAGUCAGCGAGAACUCCAACGUGGUGCUGUGGCUGUUCCCGGGGCACACGAUGCCGCGCUUCGUGCAGCUGCUGCAGUACCCCGAGUAUAGGUACAGCGUGCUCAAAGGACUCGUCGUCAGUGCGGGGGAACUCACUGAGAGUCUGGUGAAACACACGACACAGUCUUUGUACUCGUACCUGCACACGCUGCACGAGGACAUGGCGACGCUGCGCAGCGUGUGCGACACCAUCGUGCAGGUGUUCGCCGACAACCUGCACGUGAAGCGUAUCACCGGGCCCAUGUUCAACUUCCUCGACAGGCUGCUCAGCUCGGGUGCGAUAUCCCCGAUACUAGAGGAUCCAGAAUCGACGUUCGCAGCAGAUAUAUUGAAAUACUUACAACUGGAGUUGCGUGGAGGGAAAAAUAUCUACAAGCUGUUGGACUCUAUAAAUGUUUUGUGCCAAUUGAUACAGGUUGGCGGCGCUGUGUGCAGCAAGGCGCUGGGCCAGCUGGUGAUCUACCUGUGCUACGCGGACCGCUACGUGCGCCGCUGCGCCGCCGCGCGCCUGUACGAGGCGCUCACCCUCUACGGCGACACCUGCACUGCGCCGCAGCACAACCUCGACCAGGUGAUGAGUAUCCUAGCCGAAACAGAUUGGGAAAGGGAUGUGGCGGAACUGAGGCCUAUAAGGAAUGAUAUUUGCGACCUGAUGGACAUCAAGAGGCCGGUCCUCAAGCAAAAGGCGCCUUAAACACUACAGUAUUAAGGACUGGAUUUGCUUACAGCACAAUAAUGUGCGCUUCGCUUUAACACGAAAUGCAACCGCAGAAUUAACACGGAGUUAGCAUUUAUGCUUUAAUUUUGUUUGACUGAAAUUAUUUGAUUUAUUUAUGUUUGUAUUUACAAAAUAACGAUUGAUAGUUAUUGUAUGCGAACUACACAAUUUUAACGGCACUUAGCAAUGAAAUAAACAUGUAACUUUUUUACUUA